UCUCCUUUGAGUAUAUAUAACUCGCUCACUUGUAAGGCGUGUAGCAACUAGCAAGUGAGAUUGUGAGAAGCUAGCGCAUACUCGUUUGGCAGUUCGAGGCUGUGAGGUGUGAGCCGUGCCCAGUUUUCAGUUUUCUUGGAGAAUCAGACCCACCACGACGUACGUACCCAUGGAAGAGAAAGGAGCGCUGUCGCCGGCGUCCAAUUCUUCCACCACCACAACUUGCAGCAGCCGCAGCUCCGGCCCCGGUUCCCCCGUCGCGACAUCGUCUUCUUCCGACGAGUCGAGCGGCGGCAGGAAGCGGCCGCGGCAGGACCUGAAGCACCCGAGCUACCGUGGCGUGCGCAUGCGGACAUGGGGGAAGUGGGUGUCGGAGAUCCGCGAGCCCCGCAAGAAGUCCCGCAUCUGGCUCGGCACCUUCGACACCGCCGAGAUGGCCGCGCGCGCGCACGACGUCGCCGCGCUCGCCAUCAAGGGCUCCGCCGCGCACCUCAACUUCCCGGAGGCCGCGCACGAGCUGCCCCGCCCUGCCACCGCCGCGCCGGAGGACGUGCGUGCCGCAGCCGCGCUCGCCGCGUACAUGGAGGACCGCGCACCGGACGCCGAGGCUGCCCAAGACACGGACAAAGAAGAGGAGCCAGCGCCGCCGUCACCGGCGCAGCCAUCGCCGGGUGACCACGCUCUUGAUCUCGCCCUCUUCGACCUGCCGGAAUUCCUGCACGAGUUCGGCUUCGCGUUGCCUCCGUCGACGCACGAUUUGUCCUGCUGGCACGACGACUUUCGGUUCGAGCCGGCGCCGCUGCUGCUCUGGGAGCACUGACGAUCCAUCAUCAUUCACAUGUGAUGAACAAGUAGCAACUAGCUAGGCACCGGGCUGGCAACACAGCGCAUGCAUGCCAGAUUCAAGUUGGGUUUAUGAUGAUCUAUCUGCAUGCGCUGUGUUGCCGAUUCGAUUCCUCCGUGUCAUACCACAAGUGCAGCUGUGCAGAUGCAAUAGAAUCGCAAGCCCAAGAUACUUUGCGGGUUCAUAUUCGUUGACGUUAAAACUCAAUAAAGGCAGGAUGCUCAGUUUA